AUGGUCCAUUGGUACUGGAAGAUCCAAGUGGUUGCCGGCGAGCAGGGACUGCUUCAUGAUAAACAGACCAAAACUGCGGCUGUGGCCGGUCUGGCCCCUGUCCUGCGACAAGUCCUAUCAGAGGGUCGCUUUCGGGAAGCCAGGUUUCUCAUCUACUCCAAGGCACAUCUCCUGGAGGAUACCGACCAGGCGAUAGAGGAGCUGUGCGACUUCCUCGAGUACUUGACAGAUCCAGCAUUCAUCAUCGAAAGGGCUUUCACCCUGGUAGACUUGGCCGGCUUGCAGUUGAAGUCAGACAGCGAAGCUGUGCUAGCUCAAGCGGCGGAAAACUUCAAGCUCGCCAAAGAUAUAUUCACACAACGUGGCCAUACAUUUGGUAAUAUCGACAUUGAUCUGCUUCAAAUCUCUGCCGACAAAACCAUCUCAGCGGGCGAAAGGUUUCUGGCCAAGACCAAGAUUGCCGAUCGUUACUUUGAAGUCCACCAGUAUCAAAACGGCAUCCGCUGCCUCGCGGUAGCCAUUUCACCGGACAUGAUCGUUGACACCUACUAUGAGGACGUCGUCAGGUCCCUUGAGCUGCUGGACCGGAUGAUCAACGAGUGUGGCAGCGAGAUAUUGAAGCAGAUAUCCCUGCUCCAUUCCGUCUGUCAAGCAAGUCUCAAGGCGCCAGAAUACGGAUUUGCCUUGCAGUCUCUGGAGUCCUAUUUCUGCAACGUACCAGAGGAGAUCAGCCCCAAGUUUCACUCGUACAUGGGUGUCAUUCUGGGCUCGGUGUAUUCCAAGUUUGGGGAAACCGAAAAGGCCGUCCGGGUUACAAGGCAGGCUUUGGAGAUUUCCAUGUCAUGUGCGUCCUACGUUGACCAAUCUGAUGCAGCAACUCAGGUUGGGCAUCACAUGUUGAGCUUAGCUAGGGAACAUCCCGAAGGGUCGGAAGAGUUCAUGGAGAUGACCUCCUCUGCUGUGGACUUUCUGAAAGAAUGGGCAAACAAGGAUGCUGAGCACGGUCAUGCGGAUGGCGAGGCAUUGAAAUGUCUCUUCAUCGCCGAAUGGGACAGCGACGGCCAAAGGUGGAUGGAACGGGUCAAGAAACACAUCCCUGAUUCAGCUGAUGCUCUGGCAAGGAUUCCGGUUGUGGAUUUGGAGCUGCGUCUUCUCAUGCGUCAAGGAAGAUUCUCCGAUGGCCUAGCACUCUCUACUCAACUUGUGGAACAGCUACAGAGGCUUACAGAUGUGCCGCCAUUCAAGAAGGCGCAGACACUUUUGAACGCUUGUAUUCAAGCCUUCGUUUGUGUUCAGAGUACCUUUCGUCAAGACAAAGCGUUGGCCCUUGAGGAAUCCCAGUCGGCCGUGAAGCUUCUUUGGGCCGCCUUGCAGCACUCGUACGAUGCUCUACAGUUAUACCGGCAAGCGAACGGGGUUGAGCUGGUCGUUGACUGCACCCUCUUUGUAUGGGAGAUCAUAAACUUGGCUGUACUGACAAUGUCGGAUGAUGGACGUCAUGGACUGCUUACCGCUUUCAUGGGGGAUAUGAGACAAACCGAAAGGCUUUGUGACAGCAUGAGGCAAAGCGUAUUGUCGGUUGCAGGACUCCAGAGUCUCAUGCAUAAGAGAUUUCUUGUGUCAAAGAAGGCCAGCCUCAAACUCUACAGUGUCGCAGUGGAGCUUGCUUUGAAAUUGCACGACCCAGCUGGCGCCUGGAUUUGGUUGCAGAAAGGAAAGGCUAGAGCAUUUGCCGAUGCCCUGGGUGCUGACUGCAUCCUCCCUCAGAGGCUCGUGGAUCAGAUCAACAAAGAUCACACCGCUUACGAACUCCUCAAGGCGGAGCAGAGCAUUCUCGAGCUUCUUCAGGAGUCCAACGUCAACCAUGUUGUUGCCUCACGCCGGUUGACAGCGUUGAAAAAGAAGAUGGAAGAACAUCCGCUCUUGGUCGAGGCCGCUAAGCUCAGAGGCCAGCUGUUGGAUUUGGACCUUGGAACUGAUGAGCUGAAACAAGCUCUGCAAGCAACAGGUCUCGCGGCUGAUAGAGUCAAGUUUGUCGAUUGGCAUGUCCCUACGUUGGCCAACACUUCAAAUCAAAACAUUCGCCUCUUUGUACGUCAGCUGGAUGGCACCACCUACACGCAGCAACUGCCGCUCAACAUUCAUCAAGUAAAAGAUUGGAUAGCCAAGACCCUUACAUAUCCCGAGAUGGCUACGCCACCACUGGCAAGAAAGACUGGAAACCAGCUGCUCAAGAAGAUGAACGGCUUGGUUGAAGGCUUGCUUGAGUUUACAUCGGAAGGCGACCUGUUGAUCCUAUCGCCGUCUGGUCCCUUGAACAGCAUACCAUUGCAUGCACUGGAAGUUGGCAAGCAGCCCUUGGUUGAGAGGAAUCUUGUCGUGAACGCCUCCAGUGUUGCUACGCUUGGUCAGUGUCUGCUUCGGAUAUCACCAGCACCACCGACAGACGGACAACCUCGACAAUCAUACGGCGCCAAGUAUUUUGCUGUGUACGAGGAACCUGACAGGUUACUGGAACGAGAACAGAUCUUUCACCAUAUCAAAUCACUCCCCGGAGCGUUUCCGGGUACUGUCGCCAUUGGGUCUCAGGUGACAAAGCCUCACUUUCUCCAGGAGUGUGCAACCGCCAACUGGAUUCAUUAUCACGGCCAUGCUCGCUAUAGUAACCAGGACAUCCUAAAGUCAUCCCUGGUGCUCAGCGAUGGAACAGACAGCCUCAGCCACGAUAACAAUACCGGAAAUAGGGAUGGAGAUCUGACAGUCGACGCCGAGGCAGACCUUCUCGAGACGGUUGAAGCGGAAUACGAUGAUGACAACAAUGAUGAGGACGCUGCUGACAAUAGCGAAGGAAUAGACGAGCUCCUCGUCUCGGAGUUGUUCGAAGCCACACUCCCCCGAGGUGGCGUCCACUUCACCAUCAUUGCCUGUGACUCUGGCACGCAGGACAUUGCACCCGGUGAUGAACCGCUGGGAAUUAUACCGGCGCUGCUCUAUGCGGGCGCCACGUCUGUGCUGGGUUGUCAGUGGCCUAUCGACAGUCGGGCGGGGAGAGCUUUCAGUGAGGCGUUUUAUCAGGAGGUCGCGAGCAGACAGACUGGCGGAGCUGUCAACUUGGCCAGUGCUCUGAGGUCUACGGUGAUGAGAAUGAGAAAGGGGGAGUUGGGAGCAGAGUUUAAACAGGCGUAUUACUGGGCGCCGUUUGUGCUUCAUGGCCUGUGGCUUUUUCCAGCGGGUUAUCAAGCUCCUCCGCAAUAA